CACCGUUUUACUAAACAUCGUUUAAAGUCGUAAACACUGUUUAGCAAUAGACAGGGUUUGCACCGUGCAUUAAUCAACGUUUAGAAAGGUGUAACCUAUGUUUAAUCUAAACGUCCAAUUUUGGGCGUUUAAAGGUCUGAUUAGUACGAGUAUCUCAUAAUUUGUAGGUUAUAGUAAAUACUACCAGUAUCUUUAUUUUGAUUUUCUUUCUGUGGUGUCAUAAAUUUUAAUAAAUUAUGGAUGUUGUUGAAGAAUUUUUCAUAGAAGAUGAUUUAGACAUAUUGGAUAUAGUAGAGUUUAGUUUCCCACGUAAAGUUUAUACUAGGAAAAAUCAUUUCGAGGAGAUGGAUAACUUAACAUUCUUUAAACGCUUUCGUUUGACGAAAGAUGCAGUUCUGCAGAAUUGAUCGAAAUGGAUCUCGAAUAUAAUAACAAUUUAAACAAUAAUGUAGCACCUAUUGAUCAGUUGUUAGCAGCGCUUAGGUUUUAUGCAAGUGCCGGACAUUUAAGUACAGUGGCUGAUUUUAUCGGCAUGGACACAGCAUCACGGUUAGUUGCAAAGGUUACGCAUGCUAUUGGUAGACUGUAUCAACAGUUUGUUAAAAUACCAGGUCCAAAUGAAUUAAUUCAAGCGCAGAGAGAAUUUUAUCGUUUAUCAUCUUUUCCCAGAGUUAUUGGUUGUGUUGAUGGUACGCAUGUCAAAAUACAAUCACCAGGUGGAGAAGAUCCGGAGGUUUUUAAAAACCGAAAGGGAUAUUUCUCUAUAAAUGUUCAGGGUACUUGUGAUGCAAAUCUGAAAAAUCACAAAUAUUGGCAAUCAUUAACUUUUCAACCACACUAAACGUUGGGCAUCGAUUUCUUUUUUUGGUCGGAGCUUCCAUUAUUAAUCAAAUUUACUAAAUUUAACAAAGUUGAUGAUUUUAAGCUCAAAUAUAAACUUUAAGAUUAACAAACAGUCAGUAAACACAUGUGACAGUAGAUAUUUUACAGUGUUGCCUAGCAGAUUCUCCGAUUACCUAAACAGCUUUAUGUUUUUGUCGGUGCAAGUGGUUACAAAUUAAACAUUGAUUAAAAUUAAAACAGUGAUUAGUUAAACAACGUUUAUUGCAGAAACGGUGCAAACGG